AUGGGGGAGUGGGCGUUCCUGGGUUCACUGCUGGACGCUGUGCAGCUGCAGUCGCCGCUCAUGGGCCGCCUGUGGCUGGUAGUUAUGCUGAUCUUCCGCAUCCUGGUGCUGGCCACGGUGGGCGGCGCGGUGUUCGAGGACGAGCAAGAGGAGUUCGUGUGCAACACCAAACAGCCGGGCUGUCGCCAGACCUGCUACGACCGCGCCUUCCCGGUGUCCCACUACCGCUUCUGGCUCUUCCACAUUCUGUUGCUCUCGGCGCCCCCCGUGCUGUUUAUCAUCUAUUCCAUGCACCAGGCUGGCAAGGAGCCGGGCCUGGCGGAAGCGGGCGGCGGGGUCACCGAGGCAGGGCCGCCGUGUGCCCGCGACCGCCCGGGGGGUCCCUGCGCACCGUGCGCUCAGCGCGCCCACCGCGCGCGCCGCUGCUACCUGCUGAGCGUGGCGCUGCGCCUGCUGGCCGAGCUGGGCUUCCUGGCUGGCCAGACGCUGCUCUACGGCUUCCGCGUGGCCCCGCAGUUCGUGUGCACCGGGCCGCCGUGCCCGCACACGGUCGACUGCUUCGUGAGCCGGCCCACCGAGAAGAGCGUCUUCGUGGCCUUCUACUUCGCCGUGGGGCUGCUCUCGGCGCUGCUCAGCGUGGCCGAGCUGGCCCACCUGCUCUGGAAGGGCCACCCGCACGGCCAGGCCCCCGGCCGCGCGCCCCACGCUGAUGAGUGCGACAACCGCUGCAACCGCGCGCACGAGGAGGCCCAGAAGCUCUUCCCGCCGCUGCCACCGGCUCUGCCCGCCCCGCGGCCCGGCCCGGUCCCCUGCGCCCCGCCUGCCUACGCCCGCGGGGUGCAGCAGAACGACGGCCAGGAAGGCAGCAGCCGCAGCAAGGCGUCCUUGGCCUCCAGCCACCAGGACCUGGUCAUUUAG